CAAAGGCAUACUUAGUAUUAGUAGUAUUACGGCCGAGGCGCAAGUGAUAACUGUAUACUGGGCUUGCCAACAGAAUCUUCAUGUCAUUGGACUUUGCCAAGGCUUCUCAACCGCAUUGAUUACUCCCAGGAUCCCUAGGAAACACGACAGGUUGUUCCCUAGCCAUGAUCAUUACUCUCGCUCGCUCGCUGCUCAUGGAGCCCGCCGAGGCAACGGAAGAUCCGGUGGAUUUAGCCACCUUCUGGUCGAAAAUUGCUAUCAGUGUCGUCCUUGUGCUUGCGGGAGGUGUAUUUGCAGGAUUAACUCUCGGACUGAUGGGGCUAGACGAAUUGCACCUGCGUGUCCUGGCUACGUCAUCAGAGGAUUUGAAGGAGAAGCGCAAUGCGCAGAAAGUAUUAAAACUGAUGCAGAAAGGACGACAUUGGGUAUUAGUAGUGCUCCUUCUGGGCAACGUUGUCAUCAACGAAAGUUUACCAAUCUUUCUCAAUGGUGCCAUUGGUGGAGGCGUUGCGGCCGUUGUAAUAUCGACCACGGCGAUAGUUAUUUUUGGAAUUAUCCCGCAGGCGGUUAGCGUCAGAUACGGCCUCGUAAUUGGCGCUCGGUGCGCACCUUUUGUACUCGGCCUUAUGUAUUUGUUUGCUCCUGUUGCAUACCCCAUCGCGAAGCUCCUUGAUCACGCUCUGGGCCAGAAUGAAGCUCACACUUACAAAAAGGCUGAGCUCAAAUCAUUUCUGCAAUUCCAUCGCACGGGAGAGGAGCCGCUACGAGAUGACGAGAUCAGUAUAUUGAAUGGUGUGCUGGAGCUAAAUACGAAGAAUGUGGAAACAAUCAUGACACCAAUCAAGGACGUUGUAACGCUGAGCUCAGACGCUAUUCUCGAUCACGCAACGGUAGACGCAAUUCUCACAAGCGGCUACUCGCGUUUUCCUGUACAUGAACCCGGGAAUCCAAUGGCAUUUCGCGGGCUUCUACUCAUCAAGAAGUUGUUGGUAUAUGAUCCGGCGCGCGCUCUCCCAACCUCCGAUUUCAAGCUCUCGGUUCUUCCAGAAGCACAUCCCAGUAUAAAUUGUUUCCAGGCGCUGGAUUAUUUUCAAACGGGACGUGCCCACCUACUACUGGUCAGUCGGACACCUGGCAUCGCAGGCGGUGGAAUUGGAGUAAUCACGCUCGAAGACAUCAUUGAGGAGAUUAUAUCAGAAGAAAUCGUGGAUGAAACAGAUCGAUACGAGGAUAACCAGAGCAAAAGACGCGCGAAGCGAAUAACUACUGCUGCUGUGAUGCGAGGGAUUGUGGAGCGGGAACGAAGUCUAACGCGAGCCUCGUCCAUCGAGCAGACACCCCUAUUGCGUGAAACACCUUCCACUCAGCGCUCCGAGCUCAAUUAUCUGACUCCUCGUUACGGUGCCAUACCCAGCCAGUCCCCAAAACCAUAGCACAAGAUUUUGACCAUAUUCACAAGGCCGGAUCUCGUUGCAGUUAUUGGACGAAUUUUCUUCGUGUUUGCUGUAUUGAUUGCUUUGCUCCAUACUAUCAUCUUUCUAGAACUUGCUUUUGCUACUAGUCAAUUGUUUUGCAACAUAGACACGCAUAUUCGCGGGACGGCAACUGUGUCUGCCCGUGCGCCCUGCUUUCGAGUACUAAGCAGUCUGAGUUGCGCGGCAGCAAAGCUUUGAACAGUUCGAAAAAAAUGAGAUAUGCGAGCAUUCCUCUCUCGCUCUUCAAGC